UGGGAGAUCUGUGCAACUUUGUUGUCGCUGUCAGAGGAGGAAGCUUCGUCCUGUCCUCAGUGAAGAGUCGGCUGUUGAGAGCGAGUGCAGAUUCUUCGGGGAAGCUUCAGUACCGAGCUCUGCAGCAGGGUCAGGGGAUGCUCUCCGGCAUCGGACGCCGUGUCUCCAGCCUGUUCGGCAUCCUCUCGCCGCCAGCCAACGACACACUCCACAGCGUGCUGUGGGUAGGCGGAGCCAGCUGCCUGUACACGCUGACCAGCUCCAGUCUGAGUAAAUGGGAGGUGGACGACAGCUACGAGCACCAGAUCCUCAGCUGGGACGCCCAGAGAGCGCUGACGGAGAGCAUCGCAGACGCCAUCUGGGGUUCGGAGAGCAACUACGAGGAGAUGAAGGAGGGAGUGAAUGUGACGUACCUGGAUAUGAAGCUCAGCCAAGCCGGCCUGGUGGUUCUGGCUGCAGCCUGGCACCCGUCAGACACUCCCUGUCUGGCUUACUUCUGCCUCGUCACCCUGCAGGACGACGGAGCCGCAAUCUCCGAGCAGUUUACUGUGGAAGUCACCAAGUACAACCCUCCGUUCCUCAGCGAGGAGGCCCUACAGGCCACUCGGCUGGUGCUCCCGCGCUCCCCCGGCUCCACCGCCUUCCUGUAUAAUGAGGAGCUGGUGUUUGCGUGUUCGACGGGAACCAGCAGGGGAGGACUACCUGAUGAGAAAAUCAGCUUUAACUCACCUGGUGAUGGAGUACGUGGCGGAGGCUGCUGUGCCAACCUGCCGGUGUUUUUCUCCCAGAACAGCGGCCUGUUGGCGGUGGUGGGCCGGGAAAGCGCCUCCAUCCUGCCGGAGACCAUGGAGGACUCGCUGUGCUCCUCUCUGCUGGCUGCAGGUCCAGAGGUUUCGGCCAUGGAGACUCCAACCCGAGCAGAGCCUGUAGCUCAGGAGGACAAAACCAAACUCUUGAAGGCGGCUUUCCUGCAGUUCUGUCGUAAUGAUCUGGUGGGAGCUCAGACGGUCACUGACGAGCUCUUCCCCGCUGACGGUGACGGGGAGGAGGUAGCCGAGCUGGACGGCAUGGUGACCCGAAUCAACCUGGAUCUGGUGGACGAUUACCCGGCUUCAGACCCUCGGUGGGCCGAGUCUGUCCCCGACGAGAGCGCCGGAUUUCCUCUCACCUCCCUCAUCAUCCUCCACCAGCUGGAGGACAAGAUGAAGGCCCACGGCUGCUUCAUGGACUUCCUGCUGCAGGUGGGUCUGUUGGACCGGCUCGGCCAGGUGACUGUGCGCUCGUCUCCCAUGGCAACACGCCUGCUGCUGUGCGAGCACGCCGAGAAGCUUCAGGCGGCCAUGGUGCUGAAGAACCAACACACCAAACACCCCGAGCUGGUCAACCGCGCCAUCGGCAUCGCUCUGCAGAGGAACAACACCGCCGUGCCGCCCAGCCUCACCGCCGCCGACGUCUUCUUCAGAGAGGUGUCUCAGAUCUCCUCGGUGUUCGAUUGUCUGCUGGAGGAGGAGGAGCGCAGUCUGAAGGAGAACCCGGGGGAGUCGGUGCAGUGGGCCCAAGUGGUUCUCACCGUCAACAACAUCAUCAAGGACAUUCUUCAGGCUGCCGGUCAGUACAGGGAGACCAAAGCCUCGAUGUACAGAGCUUCUGAAAACGCUGCUUCAGAGCCGGAGUACAUCCCAUGGACAGCGUCAGGAGGUGUUGGCGGCGUUCGAACCGUCAUCUCCCGCCAGCACGAGAUCAUCUUGCGCACGGUGUACCCGCAUGCCGACUCAGAGCUGCGCAGCAACCUUUGUGAGCAGCUGGUGGCGUUGUUGGACAUCUACUUGAGCGGCUACGUGGCCCAGCUGACGUCCCUGCAGCAGCAGAGGCCCCCGGGGGCCCAACAGGAGCGCUACAACAGCCUGGAGAUGGAGUACAGCCAGCGGCGCUCCGAGCUGCUGGCCCCGCUCUUGGAUCUGGGUCAGUACCAGUGGGUGGCUGCGCUGGCUGAGAAGUACUGUGACUUUGACAUCCUGGUUCAGAUGUGCGAGCAGACCGACAACCAGAGCCGCCUGCAGCACUACAUGACCAAGUUUGCAGACCAGAACUUUGCUGACUUCCUGUUUCGCUGGUACAUGGAGAAGGGCAAGAGGGGGAAGCUGCUGUCUCAGCCGGCCGCUCAGCACCAGCAGCUGGCCAGUUUCCUGCAGUCGCACCAGCACCUGAGCUGGCUGCACCACAUCCACGUCCACGACUAUUGCAGUGCUCACAGGACGCUCUACAAUCAGGCCAACAUGGAGACGCGUUACUUUGUGAAGAAGAAGACGCUGCUGGCUCUCAGUAAGCUCACCGUGCUGGCCUCCAACCUGCCGGAGGACGAGCUCAACAAAAAAGUCAACGACAUCGUGGAGCAGGAGCGCUUCCUGCUUCAUCAGGAGACUUUGCCUCGACAGCUGCUGGAGGAGAAGCAGCAGAACCCCGACACCAUGCCUCUGCUCAGCGCUCACAACCUCAUACAGUUGUACAUCUGCGACGACAACAGACGAGCCAACGAGUACGACUUCAAAAAGGCUCUGGAUCUGCUGGAGUACAUCGACGAGGAGGACGCUGUGGACAUCGACUCGCUGAAAUGUGAGAUCUUCGGCAAAGCGCUCAGGAGAGACGACUGGUCGUCUGCCGACGGGGCUGACGACCCUUUGGACGCCGCCAAGGACAGCACCUUCGUCAAGAUCCUCCUCAAACUCAUACAGGAAGGAGUUCCCUUGCAGACGUAUCUGCCCGACGUCAAAGAGCUGCUGGAUCUGGACGAGUUGAGCAGUUUGAAGUCAAAACCUUAUUUUGAGUUUGUCCUUCGAGCCAAUUACGAGCAUUACCUUCAAGCCCAGAUGUGACGACCACUCCUCCUCCUCCUCCUCUUCCUCAUUAAACACCUGCUGCACUUCAGCUUUCCUCUGUAGCCCAAUGAGUUUGAAUUGAAGAUUUGUUUGAAUUGUGCUCUUUUCUAAAUAAAUGUGUUAUUUCUGUACUGA